AACAAGCAAUAAGAAGUGUUUCAGUGAAAGUGGCCGUCAUGUCAAAGGUGCAGACAAAAAAGACGGAAUCGUCUGCCAAGACACGACGACCAAAAUCUUCAGAGACACAAUUCACGGCGAAAAAGAAACGCAAACAGUGGCUGGAGGUGAAGUAUGUCAAGCUAAAACCUCCUCCCCAGAAGAAGGAAAAACCUAAAGUUCAGCAAACCCAGAACCCCCAACCCCCAAAAGAUGCCCAGGACUUCUCGUCUAACUGGAAAACAUUACAAGAGGUGCUGAAGGUCAGUCAGCCAGCAAAGAAGAAGCCCGUACCACCAAAACCCCACAAUGGUGCACUGCAGAAAAAGAAGGCUGAAGAAACCUCUUCCAAAGAUAUUUCCAAGAACAAUAUAUGUCCUAAGCAGACAGACACAGUGAAAAAAACGAAGCACAAGACAGCUCCGGCCACUGUUGUUCCCGAGGUCUCUCAGGUGAACCUGAAGGUCCCUGGUGUCUCGGGUCAGCCUGCUACUCUAAAAAGGAAAAAGGAGGGUGGAAAGUCAGACGGCGAGCAAGCAGCCAAGAAGAAUAAGCCUGCGGUUGAAGAGAGGAAACCUACAUCAGACGACCUGUGGUUCGAUGAUGUGGAUCCUGACGACAUUGAGGCAACAGUGGGAGCAGAGGCAGCAGAGAUCAUGAGGAGGAAGCAGGGCGUUAAGAAGCACAAGGACACAGAAAGCGCCCUGGUCAAGGAGAAAGCCUUUGAGGGCCUCACCAGAGCCGUGGCCAUCGAUUGCGAGAUGGUGGGAGUCGGUCCUAACGGAGAGGACAGCCUCUUGGCUCGUGUGUCCCUCGUGAACCACUUUGGGAAAUGCAUCUAUGACAAAUACGUGAAACCCACGGAGAAGGUGACGGACUACAGGACAGAGUUCAGCGGCAUCCGGCCAGAGGACAUCAAGGAUGGAGAGGAUGUACGAACUGUGCAGAGGGAAGUGGCUGACAUCCUAAAAGGCAGAAUUGUGGUUGGACACGCCAUACACAAUGACUUAAAGAUUUUACUCUUGGAUCAUCCAAAGAAGAAAAUCCGGGACACGCAGAAGUAUAAACCUUUCCAGAAGAUUGCAAAGACUUCUCGACCUGCGCUGAGAGUCCUCUGUAGACAAAUACUCAAUGUUAAUGUCCAGCAGGGUGAACAUUCAUCCGUCCAAGAUGCACAGGCCACCAUGAGGCUCUACACGCUGGUGAGGAAACAGUGGGAAAAAGAGAUUAAAGAAAGUCAGCAAAACAAAGACUCAGACAAAAAGAGAAAUCCCAAAUUGCCCAAGAAAGAGGACAAGAAGCCCGUGGGACUUUGAACUCACAGCUGCAAGAGGAGUUUGAGGUUUUUGUUUUUGGAAACUCUAUCACCACAAAAACAGAUCAUUAAAAACAAGAAGGCUACAGGUGGACUUUGUCAGACUGAUCUCCUGAGAGCGGACUUUUCAUGGGGAGAAAGAUAGUUUUGGCUGAUUUAAAACAUAGGGGAGAUAUUAUUUACACCGAUCCUUUCAUCCAUUUCCCCCUCAAAUAUUCCCAGUCAUAAUUUCCCAAAAUGCUAUUCCCAUCACUGUUAGACAGAUGUUCAAAUCAUUCGACAUCUAAUAUCCUCUCUGGACACAAAGUGUAUUGUUUUUGUGUCUGUGGUUACAGUCUUUUGUUUUUAAUCAUUUGAUUCCUUGAUGCCUUAGAAGCUGGAUGUAUUGGGAAGUAUGAAUUAAAUGAGAGAGUGUUAUGUCUUUUAUG